AUGUGUAUGGCUCUGCAGAGUCACAAGCCGGAGCGCGUGCUCGUACUGUCCUCACGCACGGAGCUCGAGAGGCUGCCUGCCGCGCGAGGCUACACGCUGCAGCAGCACAGCACGACUCGUGAGCGGACCGCGAGCAGCAGAGCGCAGCCUCAGUGGAGAACGAGUAGCGGCUUGGUGAUACAUGGCACAGAGCAGCAUCACGGAAUGAGCAGUGUCAGCAGGAAGUGGAACAUCCUGAAGUGGAGUUACAGUGUUUUGAGGGCCAAAUGCCAGAAGAGUGGCAUGCAAACACUGAGGAGGGAUGCACCGCUCAUGACUUGCCGGGCUGUGGGUGAGUGUACUCUUGUGACCAGACUGAAGCUGGGGAAGCUAAAGGUGGUGCGGCGGCAGCUGCUGCAGAGGUAUGAACACCAGCCGUUUGUCUCCUGCCUAGCCGGCCUCUAUGGUUGCCAAUGGAGGCGGUACCAGAGAGCCCGUGCCCAGCCAGGAGAGUGCUGCUGCAGCAAGGUGGAAUGUGGCAGUUUUGGCCUCCUGAUCCUCACUUUCUUCCUGAGUUUUCUAUUUCUCUACUUCUGGAGUGAGGCUCAGAACGACUACAUUGACUUUGACUGGUUUAACUUUGGGACUCUGGGCUUCUGGUUCCCCUGGUCUCUGGUGCUGCUGGUGGUUGCUGCUGCUCUCUUCACAUACAUCGCCCUUCUGUUGGUGCUGGCCGUGUGUCUGCUCUCUGAGGGACAGAGGCUUUACCUUCACUGGAGCCACAAGACUGGCAUUGUUGUGGCGUUGGCCUUCUCUGUCACAGCCACCGCCAUCUUGUCUGACCUGUGGAGCAAAGAAUGGAAGACUCUCCUUCUUUCGCUGCAGGUGACGGCGCCUUUCCUCCACGUGGCCGCCGUCUCGCUAAUGGUCGUACUCUCCUGGCCUAUAGCAUUGCACUUCUUCCGCAUGAGCAAGAGAGUGCGUCAGGUGGCCAUCCUGGGUCUCUACCUAUCCAUGCUCUCCUCCCUCUACCUGGUCCCUCUCGGGAUGUACUCGCCCUGCAUUUUAGAGGAAGGAAGGCUGGGUCCCGCCCCCACACUCAUCGGACACAGAGGAGCUCCGAUGCUUGCUCCAGAGAAUACUGUGAUGUCGUUUGAGAGAGCAGUGGAAGCUGGAGGGGAAGGACUAGAGACGGACAUCACCAUCAGUUAUGAUGGGGUUCCCUUCCUGAUGCACGACUCCACCCUAAGGAGAACCACCAAUGUCGGCGAGGUUUUCCCAAAUCGAACACACGUCGACGCCUCCAUGUUCACUUGGGCUGAGCUGCAGCUGCUGAAUGCUGGCGACUGGUUCUUAUCGAGGGAUCCCUUUGGGACGGUGUCGACCCUGUCCGAGGCGGAGUGCUCAAUGGCCCAGAACCAGUCUGUUCCCUCACUGGCUCAGUUUCUGAAGUUGGCGGCCUUUAGUGAUAAAUUUGUGCUGUUUGACCUGCACAGGCCACCGUAUGGACAUCCCUACUAUGAGUCAUACAUUAACACCACUCUGCAGGUGGUUCAGGCCCACAUCAACUCCUCACAGGUGCUGUGGCUGCCAUCUGAAGACCGGGAGCUGGUCCAGGCUGUGGACCCGGAGCUGCAGCAGACUUCUGGAGAAAGGGCGUCUCUUCAGGAGCUGACAGACAGCCACAUCACCAGACUGAACCUGCACUACAGCACCAUGUCACAGCAACAAUUCAGCAAGUACCAGUCGGUAAACAUCAGCACCAACCUGUAUGUGAUCAGCCAGCCGUGGCUCUACACGCUGGCCUGGUGUGCCGGAGCUCAGUCUGUAACCACCAACGCCGUGCACAUCCUGUCCAACGUCAACAAGCCGCUCUUCCUCAUGACUCCAGAGGAAUAUAGCUUGAUGUGGAUUUUGACAGAUGCUGUGUCGGCCUUCCUCAUCAUUGCAGUUUUCAUAUUCCACUGGUGGAGAGAGAGAGGCCUGCCCUUCUGGUCCGGGAGCCGUCAGACUCACGAGAACGGACCAUACAGCAAGUUCAGGACGGAGCUGAGUGACGUGUGGUCCAUUUCCAGCGCCAACAUCCGGACUGACCUACGGAGCAUGCCUGGUUCAACCAGCAACCCUCACCUGCCCACCAUCACAGAGGAGUGACUGGGGGGGGGGGGUGCAGGACGGAUAGAAAAUGAGCAGAGAGAGAGAGAAUGAUAAAUGGAGAAAGAGUGUUGAAAACUUGGUUUGAAAUUUGAAGUUUUUGUUGAGAACAAUAUUGUCAUAAAAUAAGCAACAAGUUCGAUUCAAUAGGAGUUUAAAUCUAUGACAGACUCAUUUCAAGCUCAGAGAAAUGUGCAAAUAACCAAAACGUCUCUGUCUUUGACAGAAAGGUUGGGUGUUCAUGGAGUUAAGAAGCUAAAUUGAUCAAAUGUGUUUAGAUGAAGUGUAUAGAUUACAGAGGCUUCAAAAAAUGACAUUCAUAUUUAUUUUUAUCAGCUGACACUUUUAUCUAAAAGAACUUCAUAGGUAGAACACAGGCAGCAGCCGUUCAGUGAUUAUUGAACAAUUGUAAUAGAGCAACAAGUGCAUGUCUCUCUGUCUGUGGGAGGAACUGAACUGCAGAAACAUCUCAUUCGCUGAUCUUCAAACCGAGACGGAGCGCAGAGCCUCUGAGAGGCCAUUUUCAUACUAUAUACUAUAGUCUUAUAGACGCAUUUGGAAGAAAGAGGCUGGCAUGCUUGUGAACAUUUUAGUCAUUUAACACCACCAGCUGUGCUCAACCACGCAAGAACACCAAACCUCCCAAAAGAACCGAGAAACCACUGAACCUACCCUGCUGUAGUAACUCCGCCUCGUGCUUCUAGCUGAUCUAGAGAAAUGCUCGUCCAAUGAAGAGCGGCAGAGAAGCCAGGGAGACGACGAUGAUGGAAUGGACCAGGAGCUACAGUUUUUAUUUUUGAAUUCAGCUGUACAGAUAUCAGGUGCAUUGGACCUAACCGUUAACCAUGUGUUAUGUGUGACUCCCUGUGUGUCUUUGACUUGUUGGCUGCGGUGUCUGAACUGUACACUGAGGGAGUGAAUGUUUACCAAAGGGCUUGAGAAGGCGUUGUGCAGUACUAUUUAAGUUUUGUACUAGUGAAUGUAUUAUCAAGUAGGGCCACGUUUCUU